AUGUGCGAAAAGCAUAAGCCAGCUUAUAUCUCAAAUACAACUCAUCUAGAAAUUACUUUUUACUAUUCACUUUCAGAUAAAAAAAUAAAAAGCAUUGUGAAAACAUUUCCGAAUAUAAUUCAUUUAGAUUUCAAAGAUAGUAUAGGUUUUAGCGAUAAAUCACUAUUUGUAAUAGCAGAAUCAUAUUCUAAUUUGAGAUAUAUUAAUUUGUGGGAUGCUCAAAUAACUGAUAAAGGUUUAUAUGCAAUUGUGCGAUCAUAUUAUAAAUUAGAAUAUCUAAAUAUUUCUUACUGCAGAAAUAUUAGCAAUAAAUCUUUGUUUGAAAUUGCAGGAAAUUGUCAUGACUUGCAAGAGUUUUAUUUUGCUGAAGCAUGUUGGAUCACAGAUAGAUCUAUAAGUUACAUCUUAAACUCAUGCCUAAAUUUACGAAAACUUGAUAUUGUGUUUAGUCGUGGAGAUAUCAAAGAUGCUAGUACUUUAAUGCGAAGAUGCUUCAAUAUAGAGUAUCUUGACUUUAGUGGGGUUAUGGCUUUGCAGAAUGAUGUAUUAAUUAUAGCUAUUAUUAAACAAUCUCUGAAUUUAAGAUAUUUAGAGAUCAGUCAUAAUAAUAUUGGUGAUGAGAUUAUUGAAGCGUUGGCUUAUACAUAUCAUAAAUUAGAGCAUCUCAAGCUAGAUAGUUGUUCAUUUUUAAUAAGAUCAAUUGGAGUAGGUAGAACAGCCGUUGUAUAUGAAGGCAUUUAUAAUAGUAAUGAGGUAGCCAUCAAGGUAUUAAAAGAUGCCCAAUUCCUUCAAUGCUUUCAACUGAAAGUGGAUGUAAUGCAAAAAUUAGCUUGCCUGAAUUCAAGUACCCUUCUCAAAAUCCUGAUAUUUCAUUUUGAGGAAGAUUCUAAUUCCGGUGACAAAGGUUCGACAUUUAUCGUCUUGUCUCCUCUGUGCAAACAAUUCAGAAAUUGGAGAAAAGAGGAUAUACAGCACAUUAUUGGUACCUUGAAAAAGGUACACGAUAUGAAUAUAAUACAUCGUGAUUUUCGGAAAUGGAAUCUGUUAAGAGAUCAGGAUGGUAACGUUCGUAUAGCGGAUUGGGGAUUUGCGGUGAAGCUAAUCAAUCAACUGCUUUUGCUGGAUCUUUGGAAACAUUGCCGGAUGAUGCACUACAGAAGGUCAUUGAUGGAAAGGAAAUCACAUAUACUCCUGGCAUCGAGUUAA